GCGUCCGAGGGGAGGCGCCGGCUGUACCCGCCGGGCGCGGACGCGCCGAAGGAGAAGGCCGUCAAGUUCGCCGGGCUGGUCUCCGAGUGCCUCUCGCAGGGCCUCGUCGUGGAGCUCCGCCCGGUGGGGGCCGCCGCCACGCGCCACUCGCUCCGGGCCCUCUGCGCGGGGAGCGCGGCGGCCGAGUUCCAGGUCUCCUGGGAAGCGGCCGACGCCGCCGCAGGGCCCGGCGACGCGCGCGGCGCCGGCGCGGGCACGCAGGGCGUCGUGCGUCUGGAGGCCCAGAGAGGCGGCGCCUGGGCAGAGGAGGCACGGCGCGACACCGCGCAGGGCUUCUUCGUGGGCACCGAGACGCAGGUGGUGCAAUUGGCGAAGAAGGUGUCGAUGGAGCUGCGGAAAGGCCAGCAAGUUGCGUUGAACGCGUACCUCGACGCGGAUAUCGCCAUCAGCAUCUUGUUGAAGUCUCCCCGCGCGGGCGGGGCAGGCUCCGGGGCAGCACGCUGCCGCUGA